UAUUUUAAAAGAUUUCUUAUUUGCUUCCACUGAAGACUAUAUAAAAUACAGUGUAGGCUAUUUGUAGUGGAAAGUGUUUUACUAUAGGACUAGACAUAAUAAUAGUGCAAAGCUCACAAUGUUAAAGCUAAGUAUUCUUAUCUGUACCUUUAUGCUUACCGUGGUCACAGGGGAGAAAGGAUUCAAGAUAGCACUGAGUACAGACGGUACUUACUCACUGUGGGUAGACGGUAACAAAUGGCUGUCUAGUGGGGACACUUUCUUCAUGAGUCAGGGGAGGAAGUACUCAAUGUCUGAUGACUCUUUAAAGAUGGCCAACGUUUCGGCUACUUCAGGCACUGACAAAGUGGGACAGUGGCAGAAUAUUCAGUACUUCUACUAUGCUGGAUCUCAGCCUGUUUUGGCCACCAUCAAAACUUACAAUGUCCCCGAUCUACCGCUGGCCAUUUUCUCUCAGACCUACCUACAGAACUGGACAGGUACGUCUGCCCAGGACCCAAACUACGUCACCAGCGGCUUCCCUACUUUUAAGACCGGCUCCGCUUCCGGUGUGGAUCUCGGCUACCUAGCGUACGGCGGAGAUAUGAGUGGCUACACUGGUCUGAACAUGGGCAGUUGGAGCUUCACUUCGUACUUUGAAACCGGCACUGGAGGAGGGCCCCUAGUCCUAUUUGAUAACGCCAGCAACGCCAUGGUCAUCUCGCCAAUGAGUCAAUUUAUGUCAGCCUCUAGCCACGUCUCGUUGACACAGCAGCAAGUCUCGUACGGAGUUCUUGGACUUGUGGACACUAUUCCCAGUGGUUACCAAGUCGAUUUCAUUGUUUACUUUGACGACAGGGGAAUUAACCAGGCUGUCAGGGACUGGGGCGCAUUUCUACAGUUUUACUAUGACAAAGUAAAAUUCAAUAGAUUGAAAAGUUUAACCUUAAACUAUCUGGGCUACUGGACGGACAAUGGGGCGUAUUACUAUUAUCAUACCGAGGAGGGCAAAAACUAUCAGACAUCAAUGGUUGACGCGGCCAGCUACAUAAAGAACAUCAGUCUGCCAGUCCAAUAUUUGCAGUACGACUCUUGGUGGUACCCCAAGGGCCACAGACAGGGAACCGUAACGUGGACUCCCAGGAAAGACGUUUUGCCAGAUGGUUUCCAAUACCUCUCGGCUCAGACACAACUUCCUUUUGGAUGCCAUAACAGAUAUUGGGACAGUCAAACAACGUAUGCUAGAUAUAAUGGAGGUCAGUACAACUUUAUUCAAGAUCGCUCAUACGGUCUGUCAGUGCCAGAUGACCAGAAAUUCUGGGAUGAUCUCUUCACUAUGACGAAGCAAUGGGGAAACUUUAUUCUGUACGAACAGGAUUGGUUGAACUGGGAGUUUGACCAGAAUGUUGCCCUUUUGUCUGACGUCUCGCUGGGGCGCCGCUGGCUAACCCAGAUGGGCAACGGGGCUUCGCAGUACCUCAACAUUGAGAUUCAGUACUGCAUGGCCUACAGUCGCCACAUUCUGCAAUCCCUUGAGAUAGACGCUGUCACGCAGGCUCGCGUCAGCCAUGACUACUCACCAGGGGGCCGACAAUGGAACAUAGGCAUCACCUCCAUGUUUGCCGACGCUGUUGGUCUGGCACCAUUCAAGGACACUUUCUGGACAACGGAGAAACAGCCCGGUAGUCCUUAUGGCUCCAGAACAGAAAAGUUUACCCGCCUGAAUGCAGUGAUAGCAACACUGAGUACUGGACCUGUUGGGCCAGGGGAUGGCAUUGGCUACAUCAACUCUACUCUCUUAAUGAAAUGCUGUGACAACUCUGGGAGAAUUUUACAACCUGACCGGGCAGCUACUGCCAUAGAUGACCAAAUUAAAAAGAAAGCCUUCCCGAACUAUUCAGGACCUCGAGGUGAAGUCUACACAACCUAUACCAACGUUAGUGGUCUCAUUUUUGGUAUCGUUCUGGCUGCAGAGCUGACCAACGAAUACGCUCUGACACCGACCAGUGGCUGGACUUACGGACUGCUGAGGUCACCAGCUGUUGUGUAUUCCGGAACUGACCUGAAUGACCUUCCCGUUCCGUUUUCCGUGCUGAAUCCUUUAAAUCUUGGUCCCGGCUGUACGGCUGUAGACUUCUGCCUCUACUACACAUCCCCUGUGUUACAGCUUCAGACUGGAGAUCAUGUAGUUCUACUGGGUGAAAGAGACAAGUGGACGCCAUUUUCUAUCCGUCGUUUCAUGGACAUUCGAUUCACUACCAGCGACGUAAUCGCCCUCAUCAACAUCAAUGCUUACGAAGCUGUCAGCAUCUACUUCCAGAUCAACAGCGGGCCCGUCGAGAGGGUGAUCUGCGAUAACAGCCAGAGCUACAAAAAACCAAGCUUCGCCACCAUCAGCAUCAUGGGCAGGAAGUGCACACUGCAGUGAAGUUUACCGUUCAAGAAAAUCGGAGAUUAAUAACGCAGUUGUGUAAAAGCAAUACAAGAUUAUUUUUUA